AGAAGGAAAAAUCAGCAAGAGAGAUCUAGGUAAGGAUUUUUCUCUUUUUUUUUUUUUCAUUUGAAUCAUUUCAUUGUUUUGAAACUGAAAAGAAUCUUGAAAAACAAGGGGAUAUGCUGCCAAAUUUUUUUCUAUUUUCUUUCCUAAGUUAUUUCCUCUUUUUUUUUUCUUGUUUUUGAAUGCUAUUUUUCCCAAAUGAUUCAUUGUCAUUUUUUUUGUUGAUUUUCCAUAAAACCCUGCUGAUUUUUUUUUUUCAUGUUAAAUCAGCAAUGGCAAGUUCAACUCCAAGGGCAACCCCAAGGUCAGGAAGACAAAGAGAUAAAGCUUGGAAAUAUGGGAUUGCAGGAAGCAAAAAGGGGGAGGUCACUUGCACCGAAUGCACAAAAUGGAUGACUGGUGGAAUCAAUAGAUUAAAAUACCACCUUGCACAAAUACUUGGAUAUGGUGUGGAGGCAUGCCCCAAAUCAACUCCUGAAAUUAUUAGAGAGAUGAAGGCCCUUCUUGCUGAGAAUGAUAUGCAUAAGGAAGAAAGGCAAAAAACAAGAGAAGCCAUGGUAGCUGCAAUGAAUCCCACAUUGUCCACUUCGGGUCCCAUUGGUCACAGUCGAGGUCGUCAGUCACUUUCAUCUUUUGGUGACAAUGAGGGUGAGGCUAGUGGCACUCCUGUUAGAUCAAACCCUAAUUUUUUUGUACCACGCAAUGUUCCAGGUGCACAACCUUCACUUGAAGGUACAUGAUGGAAUAGAGAGAAGCAUGAACAAGCACGGAUAGCAGCUUCAAACUUUUGGUUUUACAAUAAUCUAUCUUUCAAUGCAGCAAACAAUGUGUAUUGGGAAAGUUUUGUUAAUGCAUGUAUAGUGGUGGGUAAGGGGUUUAAGGCCCCAACAGGUCAUGACUUCAGUGGGCCAUUGCUAGAGAAAGCUGUGAAAAAUACAGAAGGUGUGGUUGAUGAUCAGAAAAGGUAUUGGAAGAGAAAAGGAUGCAGCAUUUUAUAUGAUGGAUGGACAGAUGGACGGAAUAGGACUCUUCUCAACUUCUUGGUGGCUUCAAAUGGUGCAGUGGUAUUCAUAAAGUUUGUUGAUGCCUCAAAUGAAAUAAAAAAUGCAAAGACUUUGUGUAAUCUGUUGGAUGGUGUGGUUCGGGAAGUUGGAGUUGAGAAUGUUGUCCAAAUUAUCACGGACAACGCAGCUGCAUAUGUAUCUGCAGGUAGAAUGCUUAUGCAGAGGCAUCCUUUGAUUACAUGGAGUCCUUGUGCUGCACAUUGCUUGGACUUGGUGCUAGAGGACAUUGGGAAGAUUGGAUGGGUGAAGAAGGUGGUUGAAGAUGCAAAAAGUGUCACCAAAUUCAUCUACAUCCAUACUUGGGUGCUUGCUUUGAUGAGAAAACACACAAAUGGCAAGGACCUUGUGCAACCUGGAGUGACACGAUUUGCUAGCCACUUCAUCACUUUGCAGAGCAUUCUUAGUGCCAUUCCUCAUCUUAAGCAGAUGUUUGUGUCAGAUGCUUGGUUGGGGUCUGCAUACUCCAAAAGACCUGAAGCAGAGAAGAUUGUGAGCAUUGUUUUUGAUGAAGGGUUCAAUAAAAGUGGAGAGGAGUUGACUGCGGUGACAGAACCUUUGGUGAGGGUUCUUCGUAUGGUGGAUGGAAAGGGCAUGCCAAUGGGUUUCAUUUAUGAGGCCAUGGAUAGGGCCAAAGAGGCCAUUUCACAUUACUAUCGUGGAAAUGCAAGAAAAUGUGAAAUCUUUUGGCGCAUCAUUGAUCGUAGGUGGACAAACCAACUCCACCAACCGAUACAUGCCUUCGCCUACUUUUUGAACCCGAAAUUCUACUUCUCUGAUUCAUUUAGGGCUGAUGAGGAGGUCAUGGCAGGUGUUAUUACAUGCAUUGAUAAGAUGACACCUGAUCCUGAGUUGAGAGACAAGGUUCUUGAUGAGUUGGAGAUCUACAAAAGUGCAGAGGGGAGACUCUUCUCAUCACAACUAGCAAUUGAUAGGAGAGGAAAACAACAACCAGGUAAAAAAUUUAGUAACUUAGUUCAAUAGUGCAAGAAAAAACCUACAAACUUGAUUGUUACAUUUUUUUCUCAAUUCUAAUAUUUCUAAAUGUUUUUUGUAGAUUUAUGGUGGGAGAAUUAUGGUGCCGGCACGCCUAAUCUUCAAAAGAUAGCUAUCCGUGUUUUGUCUCAGCCAUGCAGUGCUUCUGGGUGUGAACGAAAUCGGAGUGUCUUUGAAAGCAUUCACACAAAGAAGAGAAAUAGAUUGUCACAAAAGCGGCUCAAUGAUCUAGUAUUUGUUCGGUACAACCUUCGCCUUCGAGUUAGACAGGUGGAGGGUGUUUCACAUGAGGCCAUUGACUUGGAUGAAAUUGAUCCAUAUGGUGAUUGGACCAUGAAUGAACAAAAUGAUGGUGAUGAUGUCCUCCUUACCGAAGAAGAAAUUGCAGAAAUAGAGAGAGGAGCAGCACAAGAUGCAGAAGGAGCAAGAUUGGAUGAAGAUGAGGACAAAGAUGAGGACGAAGAUGAGGAUGAUGAUGAGGACUUUGACUUUGAAGAAGAAUCAUCUCACCAUUUAGAUACCACAACACCCACUGCUACUACUUCUAGCUCAAGGCCUGAAAAAUUGAGCUAUAUUAGGAAAAAUACAAAGAGGAAGAUGUAGUCUUCUCUUUGGUUUGUUCAUUCACAUUACUGUUUUUCACAUUUGCAGUUGGA